AUGUCGGCCGCUGGCUAUGAUCCCGACCAGGCGGCCUUCAUGCGUGAUCAGGUCGGCAUGGACCUAGACGGCUUCCCACUCGACCAUGAGUUCCCGGAUGACUACGGGCAAGAGGAAGAGGACGAGUGCGACAUCGAAGUGGAGCCUUUGUUCGAGGACGAGCUCGCCAACCAAGCCGCCGGUCCUAAGCCGAAGCGCAAGAGAAAGCGCACAAAGGCAUACACGGCUGCCGAGGACAAGCUUCUUUGCGAGUGUUGGCGAGACAUUGGACAAGACCCCAAGACGGGCGCCGAACAAAAGCAUUCAACCUUUUGGAUUCGUGUCCACCAGGAGUUUCAUGAGCGCAAGAAGUUUCCGCCUUACCAAAUAGUGAGCACACGCGGGUGGGUGUCCAUUUCCAAGCGAUGGAGGGUGAUCAAACAAGAGUGCAACAAGCUUUGUGCCACUCUUGAGAGCAUCAAGGCCCGCCCCAUGAGCGGCAUCGGCAUGCAAGACAUGGCAUUUCAAGCUUUGGAGGCAUUCAAGGUCCAACACAAUGGCAAGUGCUUCAACCUCUCCCAUUGCUUUCGGGUCAUCAAGGACGAGGAGAAGUUCAAGGCGCAAUAUGCCGCCCUCAAGUCGCGUGCGGGGAAGCAAGCCGUGGAGGAGGUUGGGGACGGCGAGCCGGCACGGCCGCGGGGGAAGACCAACUCCAAGAAGGAGGACAAGCGGGAUGCGGCAUCCAACGCCUUGAUCGCAAGCGUGGAGGGCAUGAUGAACAAGAAGGACUAUAGGGAGGAGGAGCGCCAGCGUUUCAAAGAAGAGCAAAUGAACGCCUUCAUGGAGAUCCAAAGGAGGAGGAAGAGGCCGUGGUUCGAGAAGAUGCAGGCCGACAUGCUCAAGUUCACCGACGAGUGA